AUGAACGACCCUUUUCCGCCGGAAGCGGCGUACUUCCCAGCAAGGGACCGCGGCGCCACGGAUUACAUGAACGUCGACGAGCCUGCGCGCUUCGGUGGAAUGGUGAAUACUCCCAACAACUUCGGCGCAGCUUCCCCUUGGAUUUUUGCCGCGGCUGUUCCCGCUGCUGCGAGGGCCGACACUAAGGCGCGGACGCCGCCGGAGCCGGGCGCGGGGGGCGCGGCCAACCGGCGGCUCCGCGCAAACAGCGCGACUCUUCCAGCGACGUUCGGGGGCGAGCAGGAGGCUGCGGAGUGGGUGGAUUGGUCCAACGUGGAUUGCGCGUUCCAACCCGACGGGCUCAUGCAGGCGCGCGCCGCCAUGAUCGAGCAGUGCCGGCAGAACUCGCGGCGCGCGGCUCUUGUGCAGGCGCGCGCGGGGAGGCGCGAGGCUGGAAUUGCCGUUGGUGGCGCGCGGGGGAAGGGGGAAGGACGGAACCCUCUUUUGGCGGGAGUAAGCGGGGAGGAGCAGGAGACUGCCCGGCGAGUGCUGGAGCUGGCCGAUCGGUCCCUCGCCUCCUAUUCACUGCUGCAUUCAUCCUUCCUCUCCCCCGCCUCUCAAGCCGCCAUCAUGCCCAUCCUCUCCAACAUGGCUGACGUCACUGCCAUCCUCUCCGGUGGUUACUUCCAGGCAGAGCGGUGCAGAGUCUCAGUGGGACCCACAGAGCUGAUGGCAGCGGAGGGAGUGGGUGCAGACGCUGCCGCUGAUGAUGCUGUACCAGCGCUGGCAGCUGGGUAUCCAGGAGCCGUUGCAGCAGUGAGGGUAUCGGGCGCGUUCAAGCAAACAUCGGUGUCACAUGGUGACUUCCUGGGAGCAGUGCUGGGGACGGGGAUUACAAGAGACAAAGUUGGUGACGUCAUUCUUCUGGAGGGCGAGGGAGCACAGGUCAUAAUCGCGCCAGACCUACAGGACUUCCUUCUCUCGGCACUCACCGCUGUGCAUCGCGUGCCAGUCACCGUACAGCCCAUCCUCCUCUCCGACCUCUCAGUCUCCCCUCCCAGAAUCGACACCCUACGCACCGUGGAAGCCUCCUUGCGUCUCGACGCCGUCGCCAGUGCUGCGUUCCACCUCUCCCGCUCCAAGUUCACAGACCUCAUUGCCAAAGGGGACGUCCGAGUGAACUGGAGGGAGGCAACUAAAUCAGGAGUGGUGCUGAAGAGUGGUGAUGUGGUGUCGGUGCGGGGGAAGGGGAGAUGCAAGCGUUUCGCAGCUGUCAUCAUUCGGAUACGCGAGCCCAAGACCACGGCUCUAGUGUUCGCCUCCGGGAAAAUGGUGUGCACGGGCGCGAAGAGUGAAGAGCAAUCGCGGCUAGCUGCUCGCAAGUAUGCUCGUAUUAUUCAAAAGCUUGGAAACGACCAAGUAAAGUUCAAGGAUUUCAAGAUUCAAAAUAUCGUUGGUUCUUGCGACGUACGCUUCCCCAUUCGAUUAGAAGGACUGCAGAUUGCACAUCAACAGUUUUGCAGCUACGAGCCAGAGCUUUUCCCUGGCUUGAUAUACCGCAUGAAGCAGCCCAAGAUCGUGCUCCUCAUUUUCGUGUCAGGGAAGAUUGUUCUUACUGGUGCCAAGGUGCGAGAUGAGAUCUACCAGGCGUUUGAGAACAUCUAUCCGGUGCUCAACUUAUACAGGAAAAUUCAAGCAGAGCCACUUCCACCUCCUCCUGCUGAGUUAUGA